UGGGAUUACAGGUGUGAGCCACUGGUGCCCAGAAAAAGUGUUGGUAGCCUUAUAUGAAGAACCAGAGAAACCUAAUAGUGCUUUGGAUUUUUUAAAGCAUCACUUAGGAGCUGCUACGCCGGAAAAUCCAGAAAUAGAGCUGCUUCGCCUAGAAUUGGCAGAAAUGAAAGAAAAAUAUGAAGCUACUGUAGAAGAAAAUAAAAAACUGAAAGCAAAGCUUGCUCAGUAUGAACCACCUCAGGAGGAGAAGCGUGCUGAAUAGGAUUCUUCUCAGUUGAAAAGACACUGAAAAAUGGUUUUGUAUGACUUGAAUAGUUUGUAUAGUAUAUAAUCUUUUCUGAACAGAUGCUAUAAAACUCUUUUAAUAUGUUAAAUUCACUUACCACACUUUAACUGUUAUAAACACAUAUACUUAGAAUGACCAAUAAAAGCUCAAUAUAACUUUCUUUGGGUCUUAAAGCAGGAGAGUCCAAAGUAAAUCCUAAGAAAAUCUUAAAUAGUCAUCCAAUUCAUUACUUUAAAAGACAUUCUGCUUAUUAGUCUGAUUAGGAAUGAUGGUACUGGUGGCAUUUUAGCUCAGGAAUUUUAGAAUGGAGCUAUUCCUUGGUUUAGUUCAGGAUAAGAGCAUAGGUGCAAUCAUUCUUCACAAUGAAGAUGAUGGUGUUUAUAUUCCCUGUUGGCAGCUGAGAGAUCUGUGUGACUUAAGAUGAUUUUGCAGCGGCUCACGCCUGUAAUCCUAGCUACCUGGGAGGCUAAGAUCAGGAGAAUCAUGGUUUGAGGCCAGCCUGGGCAGACAGUUUGAGA